AACCCCCGACUCAAGCCCGCAGCCUCCAGCGACGCUCGAAGGGCCGCGCGGAGUCCCUGGCGCUAGGCGCGGGGCGCGGGGGCGCGGAGCGGGUCGCCGUUCGGCGAUCGCUCUCUCCGACUCUGCCCCGACACCACUCCCAGGACAACUCCUUGGCGGGAAGGCGCCCUCAAGCCUCCCCGGCCUGGGCGGGCGGCACACGGAAGAAGAGCACCGAUCAGGCUCCCCAGCCCAGCCCGGGCUGCAGCCGAGCGGCGCGGCGGCCCGGGGACCCGGACGGCGGCCGCAGGGGCUGCCCCGCUGGGGCAUGGCGAUGAGUGAGCAGGCCCAGUGGACACGGAUGGAGAGCCACACCCAGAAGGGCAAGAAGUGAUGCCCACCCAGCCCCCAUGACUGCCUUAGGAGGGGGGGUCCCCAGGCCUUGGCAGGCUGCUGACCCUCAGCCUACAAACUGCUAGAAGCAGAAGGACUUUAGACUUUUCCUGUGGAUGGUCCCCUCCCCUGUGGCUCCACUAUGAGGCUCCUCGUGGCACCCUUCUUGCUAGUGUGGGUGGCUGGUGCCACUGCCGCUGUGCCUGUGGUCCCCUGGCGUGUGCCCUGCCCCCCUCAGUGUGCCUGCCAGAUCCGGCCCUGGUAUACACCCCGCUCAUCCUACCGUGAGGCCACUACUGUGGACUGCAAUGACUUGUUCCUGACGGCCGUGCCCCCAGCACUGCCUGUGGGCACACAGACCCUGCUACUGCAGAGCAAUGGCAUUGUUCGCGUGGACCGGAGUGAGCUUGGCUAUCUGGCCAACCUCACAGAACUGGACCUGUCCCAGAACAGCUUCUCAGACACGCGAGACUGUGAUUUCCAUGCCCUGCCCCAGUUGCUGAGCCUGCACCUGGAGGAGAACCAGUUGACCCGGCUGGAGGACCACAGCUUUGCAGGACUGGCCAGCCUGCAGGAGCUCUAUCUCAACCACAACCAGCUGCACCGCAUCGCCCCCCGGGCCUUCGCUGGUCUUGGCAACCUGCUGCGGCUGCACCUCAACUCCAACCUUCUGAGGGCUGUGGACAGCCGCUGGUUCGAGAUGCUGCCCAACCUGGAGAUCCUCAUGAUUGGGGGCAACAAGGUAGAUGCCAUCCUGGACAUGAACUUCCGGCCCCUGGCCAACCUGCGCAGCCUGGUGCUAGCAGGCAUGAACCUUCGGGACAUCUCUGACUAUGCCCUGGAGGGGCUACAAAGCCUGGAGAGCCUCUCCUUCUAUGACAACCAGCUGGUCCGGGUGCCCAGGCGGGCACUGGAGCAGGUGCCCGGGCUCAAGUUUCUGGACCUGAACAAGAAUCCACUCCAGCAGGUGGGGCCAGGGGACUUUGCCAACAUGCUGCACCUCAAGGAGCUGGGGCUGAACAACAUGGAGGAGCUGGUUUCCAUUGACAAAUUUGCCCUGGUCAACCUCCCGGAGCUGACCAAGCUGGACAUCACCAACAACCCCCGGCUGUCCUUCAUCCACCCCCGCGCCUUCCACCACCUGCCCCAGAUGGAGACCCUCAUGCUCAACAACAACGCGCUCAGUGCCUUGCACCGGCAGACAGUGGAGUCCCUGCCCAACCUACAGGAGGUGGGUCUUCAUGGCAAUCCCAUCCGCUGUGACUGUGUCAUCCGCUGGGCCAAUGCCACCAGCACCCGUGUCCGCUUCAUCGAACCUCAGUCCACCCUGUGUGCCGAGCCGCCAGACCUCCAGCGCCGCCCAGUCCGAGAGGUACCCUUCCGAGAGAUGACAGACCACUGCCUGCCCCUCAUCUCCCCCCGCAGCUUCCCCGCUAUCCUCCAUGUGGCCAGUGGAGAGAGCCUAGUGCUGCAUUGCCGGGCACUGGCUGAACCAGAACCUGAGAUCUACUGGGUCACUCCAGCCGGGGUUCGACUGACAGCUGCCCGUGCAGGCAGGAGAUACCGGGUGUACCCUGAGGGGACCCUGGAGCUGCGAAGGGUGACAGUGGAAGAGGCCGGGCUCUAUACCUGUGUGGCCCAGAACCUGGUGGGGGCCGAUACUAAGACAGUCAGUGUGGUGGUGGGCCGGGCUCCCCUGCCGCUAGGCAGGGACAAGGGAUGGGGGCUAGAGCUCCGGGUGCAGGAGACCCACCCCUAUCACAUCUUGCUAUCUUGGGUCCCCCCACCCAACACCAUCUCCACCAACCUCACCUGGUCCAGCGUCUCCUCCCUCCGGGGACAGGGGGCCACUGCUCUGGCCCGCCUUCCGCGGGGCACCCACAGCUACAACAUCACCCGCCUGCUUCAGGCCACAGAGUACUGGGCCUGCCUGCAAGUGGCCUUCGCAGAUGCCCACACCCAGUUGGCUUGUGUGUGGGCCAGGACUAAAGAGGCCACUCCUUGCCACAGAGCCUUAGGGGACCGACCUGGGCUCAUAGCCGUCCUGGCUCUGGCUGUCCUCCUGCUGGCAGCUGGGCUAGCAGCCCACUUUGGCACUGGCCAGCCCACGCAGGGGCUGGGUGGGCGGCCUCUCCUCCCAGCCUGGGCUUUCUGGGGCUGGGGUGCCCCCUCGGUCCGAGUGGUGUCUGCACCCCUUGUCCUGCCCUGGAAUCUGGGAAGGAAGCUGUCCACGUCCUUAGAAGGGGAGGCAUUGUCACCACCAUUGUCUCAAAAUUCCUGGAGCUCAGCCUGUUCUCAGCAGUAGAGAAAAAACUAGGACUACUUUUUAACAAAAGGGAAGCAAUCUGGGCCAGACGCCCUGCCAAGAAAGUGACAUGGAUCCACGUGCUUGAGGCCUGACCGCUGGACCAGGACAGACGGGGCUUUGUGGCCCCAGGGGCUGCUCCUGCAGCCUCCAAAACGUGGCCCUCGCCUUGUGGGGGCUCCUCUGCUGCCUUUUUGAGGGGUAUCUGCAAGGGACAGAAGGACUCUGGCCAGAGCCUUCCACCUCCCAGUUGUCUACAUGCCCAGAGGCUCCUGGGCCACCACCUGGAUGUCCCCUGCCUGUGUCCCCAGGCCCUUGGCCCACAGGACAUGCCCCCUCCUCUUCUUUUGCUCUGUACAGUCUCAGUUGCUUGCUCUUUCCCUUCCUGGGCAAGGGCAGAAGGCCUGUCCUCCGAUCUUGGGGGCUGCUCCUGGAGUGGACCCCAGCCUGCUCUGAGGGACUUUUGGGAAGAGGCCGCCCAGGACCGCCCCGUCUUGGGAGCCCAGUUGGCACUCUGAGGUUGACUUUGUAUAGGCAAUUUUGUACGUUUGUGGAGAAAUGUGUCACCUCCCCGCAACCCAAUUCACU